AUGUCUUCCGACGCCCUUGCCCCGACUUCUUCCCCGCCACGUGAUCCAGCUGAAAUCAACAAACUAGUGACCGAACAGGAUGACCAGUCUUUCUACCAUCACCCUUCAUGGCCGGAGCGAUGGUCACACCCCGAACCAAACGAAGUCCAACAAACUUUCUGUACCCGUCGGUCCGCUCUAAAUCCCCCCUGGGGUUAUAUCAUAUACCGAACAGUCUAUACUGCCGAAUCUGAUGAGCUAUGGCCUCUUGCUAUGGAUAAACUGGCCAAAAUCAUGGAUGACGAGAUCGACUCUGAUUUUCAAGCCGAAAUUCGACGGAGGGGGCUUGAGGAUGAAGAGCCAGAUGGUGAUGCUGAACGGUUAGUGAGGGAAACACAUAAGGAUGUUAUUUUCUCAGACAAGCAGUUCUGGGAUGGAGCAACUAUCGAGCAGGUUCGAGAUCAUUUUGCUGAGUAUCUUCGUGCAAGCAAGGACCGGGGAACGGGUCGAUUCGAAGGCUGUCUUUUUAUUGAUGAGCGGUCGCUGAAGUCAAUCGUUGCUAGUCCUGACCCUCAGCCCUGGCUUAAGGGGAAAAUGCCCGAGGAGCCUAUUAAGCCUUGGGGUUUUGUUGGUAUGAUCGAUGGGCGGUAUCCGGGGAAUCGGUGGAAGGCGCGAUAUACGGGCUAUAUGCGGGUGGAUAUUCUUUCUCUAUGGCAUCUCUAUAAUGAGUUGAAACGGAGAAAUAUGCAGGAGCUCUGCCCCUCCGAGAUUGUUCCUGAAGGAUUGAUUCCGUUUUAUGACAGUGGGAUGGGGAAAGCGCAAGACGAGGAGGGAAACUUUAUUCCAACGGUGACUGAUCGAACGACUCGAAUAUUUUGA